GACGUGUCACAUUUUUCUGUUUUUUUAAGUGUGGCUGCCGACCCUUUUACCUCCCCAGAAGGGAUUUCGAGUUCUACACUGUCUUUUUGCUCUGUUGUCUGACUUUAUUCUUUUCCCUUCUGCAAGGUGGAUUUCAUUCCGUUUUUCAUUGUUGGAUUUUUGUGCUCAUUCAGGUUCUUUGAUUUCUCCAAACCCACAGCUAGAAGAGCGUUCCGUAUACUUCAGGACACACAUAACGUAAGAUCAGUGGCGUUCCACCCAUGCGGCGACUUUGUUUUGGCAGAUAUGGAGGAGGAGGAGGACGACGAGGAGGGAAGAAGAAGACAAAAGGAGGACGAGGAGGACGAGGAGGGAAGAAGAAGACGAAAGGAGGAGGAGGAGGAAGACGAGGAGGAGGAGGGAAAGGAGGAGGAGGAGAGAAAAAUAAGGAGGAGGAAGAGCAAGAAAGGAGGAAGAAGAAGAAGAUGAAAGGAGGAGGAGGAGGUGACGACGAAGAAGAAGAAGACGAGAGGAGGGGGAGGAGGAGGGGAGGAAGGAGGAGAGGAAAGGAGGAGGAGGAGAGAAGAAGACGACGAGAGGAGGAGGAGGAGGAGGAGGAGGAGAGAAGGACAAGACGAGGAGGAGGAGAGAAGGACAAGACGAGGAGGAGGAGGAGGAGAGAAGAAGAAGACGGGAGGAGGAGGAGGAAGAGGAGAGAAGAAGACGACGAGAGGAAGGAAGAGGAGCAGGAGGAGGAGGACCUACCGGUAAUAUAUGGGGAUUACGGGGGAAAAAAAAGAGAGGAGGAGGAGGAGGAGAAGGAGAAGGAGAAGACGAAAGUAGGUGGAGGAGGAGGAGGAGGAGGAGGAGGAGGAGAAGGAGAGAUGGAGAAGACAAAAGUUCACAGGCAWAAGCCUUMUGGCCUACUGAGACCUCUUCCCAUUCCUGAUGGACCCGGCGAGUCGAUUUCCAUCGACUUCACGGACAUGGGAAAGGUGAGUGAGGCUGGGAAUUCACAAGUCAUGGUCAUUGUGGACCGCUUCUCCAAAUUUCUGAACUUGAUUCCUCUCCCUCCUCACGCCCCGACUGAACUUGUCAUAGAAGAAUUCCAUCAGCAGUACAUUCUGCAGUCCGGCGUCCCGAAAACUACUGUGAGUGAUCAGGACACCAGAUUCAUCAGCAAAGAUUGGAAAGACUUCACAUCUCAGAUCUACGACAUCAAACUGAACAGGACUUCUGGUCGUCACCCCGAAGCCAACGGAUUGGCUGAGGAGAUCAACCAGACUGUCAUCCAAUUGCUUCGCGCACUAAUUGUUCCAGAUCAGAACACAUGGGACAAGGAAUUGCACAAAGUGAAGGGGCUGUACAACAACUCCAUUCACUCUGCGACUGGUGUGACACCAAACCAAUUGCAGUAUGGAUGGCCGAUGCGUAAUCCCCUCUCCUAUCUGUUCCCUAAACGGUCACCUGAUCUGAUGCCCAGCAUGCCUGGCUACAAUGCCAAGUACGCACGCUUGCUCAAAGCUGCUACAGCAGAUAUGAACAAGCGCCAGCAUGCCAUGAUCAAACAUGCCAAUAAGCGGCGAAAGAAGAAAAGAACUGAUCACCCGCUUGCUCACCUCUACGACAUUAACACAUUCCAUUGCUUUCUUUCUGCGAAUCUACACGAGAGCCAUGUCGGUGGCGCCAUCAAUCAGGUGCGUUACUCGUCAAACGGCAGUCUCUACGUGACAUGCUCAAAGGAUGGUGGUGUGCGGCUAUGGGAUGGACAGAAUGCACGCUGUGUCCGAGCUAUCACGACCGCGCAUGCGGGCACCGAAGCCACCAGCGCCGUAUUCUCACGCGACCAGAGGUAUGUGCUAUCUUGUGGCAGGGAUUCCACCGUACGGCUUUGGGAUGUGGGCAGCGGUCGGCAAGUGAUGGCUUACGUUGGUGCAGAACACACACGCGUACGCUGCCAGGCACCAUUAAGCCAUGACGAAGCGUUUGUAUUAUGCCUUGACCAGGGAACAAACGAGGUGGUGGUCUGGGAUACAAGGACCGGAGAGCUUGUAAGUCGUUUUGCUACGGGGCAUAAUGGGGCGCCACGUUGGGUCGAGUUCUCCCCGCUAGAGUCCGCUUUUGUCACCUGUGGUGUUGAUCGGAGUAUUCGCUUUUGGAAAGCAUGACAGCAGUAACAAGCCGUCUACUGGGGGGGGGGGGGGGGGGGGGGGGGGGGGGGGGAGAGAGAGAGAGAGAGAGAGAGAGAGAGAGAGAGAGAGAGAGAGAGAGAGAGACCUCGAUCUUGUCAUUUUUUCUCUUGCUCCUUUCUUUCUUGUAUUUGGUGAACCAUUCCAUAUGAUGUCCCCCUUGCUUGUUCCUUCUUCAUAUGGGUGACCACCUGUCAUGUUAGUUUUCAGAUGCCAACCCUUAAACGACCAGUACUUGGCCCAGCUAUCGGCCACGGCGCUUUCCCGUUCACGCGCCGCGCCUUUAGGGCUU